CCCACUUCCCCCCCUUUUUCUCUCUCUGAAUAUUUCCUUGGGCACCUUUUCAUUUUUCCCACCAUCUAUAAUUAAACCUUCAAGAAGCAGCAACUGCCCACACCGCUCUUCGAUAUUUAUUUAUUAACAACCAAACUUUGAUUUUUUUCUUCAUAUCGAAAAUUACGUAUGAUGGCGCAAGAGCUUGACGAUGGUGAGUUCUGGCUUCCCUCCGAGUUUCUAACAGACGAUGAUUUGCUCAUGGACUUCAAGACUGAGAAGAGAGGCUACGCGUUUUGCAACUCGGAUCUGAGUUCACCCGGCUCCGAGAGCGACGAAGACGAUUUCGCCCCUGGGUUAACUCGGAAGCUACCUCACACCCCCAAUUUCUCCACCGACCACGCUUCCAAGGGUUGGAAGCUCUCCGGGUCGCCGCAAUCGACUCUCUGCGGGUUCAAACCCGGGUCAAGCCAGAGCAGUCCGAAUAGCGCGUCGAUGGUUUCUUCGCCGCCGGUGCCGAAGGAAAAUAUUGGUUGGGAUUUGCUGUGUGCUGCUGCAGGGGAAGUUCGGAGGAUGCGAAUGACUGAUGAAACGGCGCCGUUUCACUCCAACAAACCCUUCGCCGUCAAAACACCUACUCUGGCCUCCGCCUACUACCCCAACCAGGCUCAAACCGAGGCUCAUAUCGCUUUUCUCCACUUGCAGGCCUCUCAUUUUCAACGGAUGAAGCAGCAGCACAUGUUUAAAAAUGGCGUGUGGGGCCAGCAACAGCAGGGGAAAGUGGAAUACCAUCAAUUUCAAAAUAAAACCGGAAAAAUGGACGGAGAAUUGGGGAGAACUCAACAACGUUUAUCAAUGGCGUCUUGGCCUACUCUGCAGCAGUCUCAGCAGCAGCAACAACCCGGUUCAGGAAUGAGGGCGGUUUUCCUAGGAGAAACCGGCGCUAAAAAGGAACGAACCGGAACCGGAGUUUUUUUGCCCCGAAGAUUUGGAACCGCUCCCGCCGAAAAUCGCAAUAAACCAGUUUGCUCGACUGUAUUGUUACCAGACAGAGUUGUUCACGCAUUAAACUUGAAUCUGGAUGGCGGUUUGAAGGAAAGAAAACAUAAUGCUCUGUUCUCGCAACAGAGGAGAAGCCCACCCGCCGCCAGUCUAGAACUCAGGCUUCCACAAGAGUGGACAUAUUAAAGUUGGAAAGAUUGCGUCUUUAAUUUUGAAGUGAUUUGAUUGAAUUUUUACAAGUUUGCUAGGAGAGAAGAAGGAAUAUGGGUAUACUAGUGUUUUUUGUGACAGAUGGAUUAGUGGGUAGUAUUAUAGGACAGUGGGGAUAGUUAAAUUACUUAGUAUGAUUAAAGGGAUUAGCAGAAGAUGUUGUUUAUUUUAGGUUAUAAAGCUACAGAAGGGAAGAAGAAAUAAACAAGUCAGACGAAGAGAGGGUUUUCUUUUGUUGGGCUCGAGGUACAAGAAAGUUGAAGAUGACAGCUUCUUUUGGUUGUUGCUUUUGUUUGAGAUUAGAAGAUUAUGAUUAAUAAAGAGAAGGAUGUACCAAUAGGUAUUGAUUAAUUAUUUUAAUUAUAGUAGUGAAUGCCUCUAAAAUUGUGGGGUGGUUUUUUGAUCUGUGGAGUUGAGUUUCGUUUUGGGUGAAACUCCGGCCUGUUUUUUUUUUAUUCUAUUGUAUUUUUGCUUUAAAUUAAUGAUGGUUUGUUUAUUAGUGAA